CCCAGAGACACCGCAAAGCUGGAAACAGACUUUUCAUUCCUCCCCAUUUCCACUCCCAGAAAAAGCCUGGGCCCCUGAAAGAGCUCCAAGGUAUCCCCCAAGUCCCAGCCAAUCUUUGGAGGGUUCCAGAGGGCUGUCCAGGGUUCCAGAAGUCACCCUACCUCAUACAAUGCUCCUUCUGGGCUUCCCGCAAUGGGUGAACCCUACGGCUCCAGAACAACUGCCCUUUCCAACUUGCAGAGCACCUCAAGAACCUAAAGAUCUCCCGGGGGAGGGCUCCAAAAUAUAGAGAGUUUGCAUAGUGAACCACCACCUCUGCAAAUCCCAGGACUCCAGUCCCCGCACCACUCCGUCUCCCAGAGAUCUCCAGGGGUCCAGAAAUAACACCUCACAGCCUUCCAAGCCUCCCAAGGAUCCGGAGACUUCUUACCUCGCAGCGCAAACCUCAGGCAACUACAGGUCCUCCCUGCACCUCUGAGGUGCCCCUCCCCCCACUCGAGGUUCCAGAAAAAUCCAUGCCCUCGGAAACCCCAGAAUCUUACUUUCCCGAGGCACCCCCAGGAGCCCAGGGUCACCAGUUCACAGGGCUCUUAGUGCUCCCAUAAAACUCUAGCCUCCCAGAGGGCCCCCAGCCCCCACCCUCACGUCCACGAAACCCUCCAGUCCCAGCAUCAGCCCCAGGGCCCCAACCCCCCCAAGCCCCCAUUUCACAACACGCUGGCGCUACAAGCGCGUGACUUCCCCUUGCUUUGGGGCAGGGGGCUGAGACUCCUAUGUGCUCCGGAUUGGUCAGGCACGGCCUUCGGUCCCGCCUCCUGCCAGCGCAGAUUGGCCGACAGCCCGCCCCUAGCGCCCCGCCUCCGAGGGCCAGCGUACUAUAAAAGAAGCCGCCCUAACCACGUCCCCUCGCAGUUCGGCGGUCUGCGGGUCUGUCUCUUGCUUCAACAGUGUUUGGACGGAACAGAUCCGGGGACUCUUCCAGCCUCCGACCGCCCUCCGAUUUCCUCUCCACUUGCAACCUCCAGGACCAUCUUCUCGGCCAUCUCCUGCUUCUGGGACCUGCCAGCACCGUUUUUGUCGUUAGCUCCUUCUUGCCGACCAACCAUGAGCUCCCAGAUUCGUCAGAAUUAUUCCACCGACGUGGAGGCAGCCGUCAACAGCCUGGUCAAUUUGUACCUGCAGGCCUCCUACACCUACCUCUCUCUGGGCUUCUAUUUCGACCGCGAUGAUGUGGCUCUGGAAGGCGUGAGCCACUUCUUCCGCGAAUUGGCUGAGGAGAAGCGCGAGGGCUACGAGCGUCUCCUGAAGAUGCAAAACCAGCGUGGAGGCCGCGCUCUCUUCCAGGACAUCAAGAAGCCAGCUGAAGAUGAGUGGGGUAAAACCCCAGACGCCAUGAAAGCUGCCAUGGCCCUGGAGAAAAAGCUGAACCAGGCCCUUUUGGAUCUUCAUGCCCUGGGUUCUGCCCGCACAGACCCCCAUCUCUGUGACUUCCUGGAGACUCACUUCCUAGAUGAGGAAGUGAAGCUCAUCAAGAAGAUGGGUGACCACCUGACCAACCUCCACAGGCUGGGUGGCCCGGAGGCUGGGCUGGGCGAGUAUCUCUUCGAAAGGCUUACUCUCAAGCACGACUAAGAGCCUUCUGAGCCCAGCGACUUCUGAAGGGCCCCUUGCAAAGUAAUAGGGCUUCUGCCUAAGCCUCUCCCUCCAGCCAAUAGGCAGCUUUCUUAACUACCCUAACAAGCUUUGGACCAAAUGGAAAUAAAGCUUUUUGAUGCA